GUUCUAUUAGCUUUCGGAGGCGCACGACCAUGUAAAAUGUCAUUCAAAAAACGUUAAUUUCAGCCAGGUUUAACGCAGUAUUUUUACCUGGGGAGCGCGCGCUCACUCAACAGGUGUGCGGGGUUUUUUUCUCGGAGCUUUACACGCUUUAAGAGUUUGAACCGGGCAAGUUAAUUUGUGUAAACACGCAACAUAGGUACUAAAACUUUUAUAAAUUAUGUGUUGUUUUUAUUUCCGGUUUCGCUCAUUUCCUUCCAAUUUCAGCACUUCUUCUUUCGGCAAAGCCGCAGCGCAUUUACGCACAUCUCUAUGGACACAGAGACCACAGUGUACUGCAGUCCAUCAGUGUCUCACUGUCUCAAUCAGUCUUUGGUACAAGAUGGUCUUUCUUCUGCUCGGUCUGCUUUGCUCCAUCUGGGGAGAACCUGCUCAAUGUCUGGAGGAGAACAGAGAGUUCAACUUUACAGAGGACCUCCGUCAGCUCGCUGUGGGCAACAACUCUGUUUACAUCGCUACAGAGGAGAAUCUUUACCAGCUGAGCCGUGACCUGACUCUGAUCUACAACCUGACCCAGAGAGGGAUCUUAAAGAGCACUGACCAACAGGAUAAAGAGUUUUACAGAGACCCCAUGAAGGCUGUCUUAAACGCGACUUUCAAAGUUAAUGUUUUAUUACCAUUUGAGAAAAAUGACACAUUGAUCAGCUGCGGUGUGACUGGAAACAAACUCUGUGGUUUCUGUGAAGUUCUGGACCUGAAGAACAUCUCUAAGCUGGUUUACAGUGAAUCCAUCCAGGUGGGACCUCAGAGGAGCAGCAGUGGGUCUGUCAGCUUUCUGGUGGAUGUGAAGGAGGAUUCAGGUCAGACUGAGACUUACAUUCUGACAGCGAUAAAGAACCCGAGAGACAAGACAGAGUGUAGCGCUGAUUUAAAGACAAUCAACCUUCAAAACACUGAUCAUAAACAGCCUGGGGAUAUAUUUUCCUGGUCUGGUCGAUCAGGUGUUAAACCUGGGAUCCAAACUGAAGCUGAUGUAGAGUUUGUGGACGGAUUCCAGAUCAACUCAACAGUGUAUCUGUUCUCCAACGUGGCAUCAGGAGGUAAAACCAACAAAGUCCGUCUGAUCUGGCUUCAGGCUGAAACCAGUAAAGCUCAGACUCUGGAGUCUCUUCAUGGAGCGACUCUCAGUUCCUCUGGAGGCAGCAGACUGCUGGCCUCCUCGGUCGUCCCAGGUGGACAGCAGGUCCUGUGGAGUGGAGUGUUCAGUGUGGACGGAGGAGAAAGCAACACUGAGCUGCUGCUGUUUGACGUCAGUCCUGAUCUCAGCAGAGAGAAGAAUAAAGAUCCAGACUUUUUUUACACAUCAAAAAGUACAAAUUCCUGGUUGGUUCCUGUGCUCCUGAAACCGAAGGCUUUGCUUUUUAAGCAGAACCUCAUGAGUUCUGUUCUGGCCGUCAGGCUGAACGGCUGGAUGGUUUUCUUCAUUGGAACAGCAGAUGGACAGAUCAUCAAGCUCUCUGUAGACAGGAAGUAUCAGCCCUCCUGUCCACAGAUCCUCUACAGAACCAGUGGAGACAACAAAGUGUUUCCAAAAGUCCAACUGGAUCCAGUGGAUCAGAAACAUCUCUAUGUGCCGUUUAAAAACCAGGUGAAACGUGUUCCAGUGUCAAACUGCAGAACUUACCAAAAUGUGAAGGAUUGUCUUUCUGCCCAGGAUCCAUUCUGUGUCUGGUGUGUCUCUAAGAAAAGCUGCUCGUUUAAAGACGACUGCACAGGUUCAGAGAGGCUGUCCAUCCCUGAUGAAUCCAAGCAGAAAAUAGUUUCUCACAGAUUUCUGAAGGACUCCACAGGAGAGAUAAAAAUAGUCGUCCAAUCACACCUGACUACGGAGAAGAAGGUUCAGCCUAACUUCACCUGUGAUUUCUCUACAACCUCCACCCAGCUUUGUAAAAAACAGGGACCAAAACCACAGUACCCACAAUGCACCUGCAUUCUCAAUGCCCCUUUCCCUGCUGAUGAUCUUGACGUUACCGUGACGAUCAGACUUGGAGACACAUUUCUGUCAGAAAAAAUAAAGAUGGUCAACUGUUCCAGUAUCCAGGGGCAACCAAGUUUUCACCUGUGUCAGCGGUGUGUCAGAGCAGGAUGUGGAUGGAGACAGAACAGCUGCUCCUGGGCCACUGACGCAGUCAGCAGCGUUUCUUCUCAGAUGGACAUUUGUGCAAACAUUGGGCAGUUUGGGAGGAACUUUUCUAAACCAGAGAUCUCCUCCAUCUCUCCCAGCGUUGUGUCUUUCUAUGGCAGAAAUCAGGCUGUGUUGUCGGGUCGUAACCUCCGAGAUGCGACCGGAGUCAGGAUUAAAGCAGACCUGGACUGUGACCCAAAGGAAUCCCCGGUGUGGAACAACAACGGCUCCAGUCUGACCUUCCCUAUUCCCAGCACAGAAGCUAAAGGCCUGGCCAAAGUGUGUGUUCUCCUUCCAGAUGGAAGUUGCCACGGCAACUUCACCAUCACCUAUCAGUCAUCACCAAUCUGCACUGAUAUUACACCAAGCAGCAGCUGGAGAAGUGGGGGCAGGAAGGUCACUAUUUCUGGGACUCACCUGGAUUUGGUGGAGGGGAUCACACACAGCCCCGCCCAGCAGGAAGUCAUGUCUCUCAUGAGCAGCAGCUAUCAGACUCUCAUCUAUGAAACGCCUGCAGCCAAAAGCCCUUUGGUGUCCAGCAGCACCGUGUUUCUGAAAGUGGUCAAUGAAACGUUGCCCUGCGCUCAGAAAAUAACUUACUAUCCUGACCCAGAGUUUUCCAGCUUCGCGGCGGUGAAGGAAGGGAAAGAUGUCCGCAUCACUAUUCAGAAAAAGGCAGAUAACCUGCAGAUGACAGAAGCAGAGCUGUCAGUUGUGGGAAUUCAGAAUGAAAUUGAACAUGACUGCUUCAUAAAACCCGAAGGACUAAGCAACAAGACAGAAACCUUCAUCUGUGAGAUCAAAGGACUGCAAAGCGCCGACAUUGAUAUAGUCAAGGUAAAAUAUGGAGAUGAAUCUAUAACACUGAACAAAUCAUCUCCGUUGGUUUUUUUAAUACUGAUCAUCAUAUUCCUGAUCCCCAUCACCCUGGUUGUCGUGUUUUUCGUCUACCGAAGACAACGGCAGCAGUUCACCGUCAGGAUGAACAAGUUGAUGGAAAACCUGGAGUGUGACAUUAGGAACGACAUCAGACAAGGAUUUAUAGAUCUGCAGACAGAAAAGGCUGACCUGAUGGAAAACGUGGGAGCCAUUCCUUUCCUGGACUACAAGCACUUUGCUUCCAGAACCUUCUUCCCUGAGAGUGACUCUUUAAUUAAGCUGUGCAUCAAAGACAUUGGUCAGGACGUGGAGAAGGUGGAGCUGGAUCAGCACUGCCAGAGGUUCUCCAGGCUGAUCCAGGACCAGCUGUUUCUCACCACUAUGGUGCACGCGCUGGAGGAGCAGAAAGGCUUCACCGUCAAAGACAAGUGCACACUGGCGUCUCUGCUCACAGUGGCGCUUCACGGCAACCUGUCGUACCUGACGGAGGUGAUGGAGGUCCUGCUGAAGGACCUGAUGCAGCAGAACAGCGCCACCACUCAGCCCAAACUGCUGCUGAGACGCACCGAGUCCACGGUGGAGAAGCUGCUGACCAACUGGGUGUCGGUCUGCCUCUACGGCUUCCUGCGGGAAAGUGUUGGGCAGCAUCUGUUCCUGCUGGUGAGCGCGCUCGCGCAGCAGAUCUCCAAAGGGCCGGUGGACUGCGUGACAGAGAAAGCUCUGUACACACUCAGCGAGGACUGGCUGCUGUGGCAGGCUCAGGACUUCAGCCAGCUGAAGCUGAAGGUUCUGUUCGCAGUGGGCAGUGAUGGAGAGGUCAGCGAGCCUCUGGAGGUGGACGCCCUCAGCUGUGACACCGUGGAGCAGCUCAAAGAGAAGAUCCUCAACACCUUCAAGACCAAGUUUGGCUUCGCAUAUAACACCUCUAUUAGAGACGUCAGUGUUGAGUACGAGAGGGAUGGAUCGUUCCUUCCUCUUCAGGAAGUGGACGGAGGCUCAGAGGUGAUAGGGGAGGUGAUGAAGCUAAACACACUCAGGCAUUACAAGGUUAAUGAUGGGGCCACUGUUAAAGUGCUGUCAAAGAAAACUCAUCCUCCACUCAGCCCACAGGGGAGUGUGAAAGAUGAUGAGAACUUCACUGGAAAAUACUUCCAUUUGAUUGACCCCGACGUGGUGGAGGACCAUGGGAAGAACCCAGAGAGGAAGAAGCUGAAGCUGAAGGAAGUGUACCUGACCAAGCUGCUCUCCACCAAGGUGGCCGUUCACUCAUACGUGGAGAACCUCUUCAGGUCCAUCUGGGGGGUGACCCAGAGCAAAGCUCCCCUCGCCAUCAAGUACUUCUUUGACUUCCUGGACGCUCAGGCAGAGAACAUGAAGAUCACCGACCCAGAAGUCCGACACAUCUGGAAGACCAACAGCUUGCCGCUGCGCUUCUGGAUCAACAUCCUGAAAAACCCACAGUUCGUGUUCGACAUGGAGAAGACGCCUCACCUGGACGGCUGCUUGUCGGUCGUCGCUCAGGCCUUCAUGGACUCCUUUUCUCUGAGCGAGACCCAGCUGGGGAAGCACGCACCAACCAACAAGCUGCUCUAUGCCAAAGACAUUCCCAAGUUCAAGCAGGAAGUGAAGGCUUACUACAAGCAGAUCAGGGAGCAGCCAGCAGUGAGCGAUGCUGAAUUUAAAGACUUCCUGAAGGGAGAGUCCAAGAAACAUGAAGGCGAGUUCAACGAAGCUGCAGCCCUCAGAGAACUCUUCAAAUUCAUACAGCGAUACUUCACAGAGAUUAAAGAGAAGCUGUCCAGUAACGGCGCCCCCGCUGAGCUGUUGGAGCAACUGCAGCAUGUCAAAGAUUUGUUUGAUGGACUGAAGAGCUGCUCCUGGAACUGAGCGCUGAUGCUGAACUGAAGUGAACUACGACAGGAAGGGAGGAGCUGCUUCCAAAUCCAGGAUGACAAACACUGAACUGGCAACGUGUGUGUCGCCUCCUGCAUGAAGCUGAAACUCAAGUUUCAGAGAUCAGCUGCUUGCAUUUAGGAGAAAGUUUGUGACCAACAGAGACAGUAUCUUCUGCUCGAACGCCGCAGAGAGACGACGGAAACUAAACCCUGCGAGGUUUCAGGAGCUAAAACAGGAGUCACCUGAUGAACGGUAGCAUUUAAUAUCACACAUUAGGACAGAGGAAGCCACAAAUGAGUCACAAAGAUCCCUGAGUGAUUGGGCGAGUAAAAUUAACAAUCUGUACAUCUCAUGUGCAAGUCGCAGCAUGUAGUGCUUUUUGUCACAACUGCAUACAAAUCAUUUCCUCUGUAGUUUAGACCAGGGAUCUGCAAGUUGAUACUUUCUACACCACUUAAUGGCACAAGAGAAUUAU